AACAUGAAUAUGUAAAGCUAGAAACUUUAAUUUCAGACUUUUCGACGUCGGGGGUCAAAGAUCGGAACGUAAGAAAUGGAUUCAUUGCUUUGAGGAUGUGACUGCUAUUAUCUUCUGUGUGGCAAUGAGUGAAUAUGAUCAAGUGUUGCACGAGGACGAGACUACCAAUCGAAUGCAGGAAAGUCUAAAGCUGUUUGACUCCAUAUGUAACAACAAGUGGUUUACAGACACAGCCAUUAUUCUCUUUCUCAACAAAAAAGACCUUUUCGAGGAAAAGAUCAAGAAAUCUUCUUUAACAGUUUGUUUUCCCGAAUACACAGGUGCCCAAGAGUACGGCGAAGCAGCAGCCUACAUCCAAGCUCAGUUCGAAGCCAAGAACAAAUCAACCAACAAAGAAAUCUAUUGUCACAUGACCUGCGCAACAGAUACCACCAAUAUCCAGUUCGUGUUUGAUGCGGUCACUGACGUCAUAAUCGCCAACAACCUGCGAGGAUGUGGGCUCUACUAGAUCAUGAAGGAGGAGAAGGUGUAAUGGAAAAGCAUAGAAAUGAAAAAAAAAAAAAAUACCGAAUGAAAAACAGACAGCCUGCUGCUGACGCAUUACUGUCUGCUGAAGGCUGUCCGUUUUUAAUUCUACGCAGUGAAGAAGUUUGUUCCGUUUUCCCGCCAAAAGUCGUCAACGCUAUUCAUGUUUUGAAUGUUGUGUUGUCUUGUUCUAGUCAUGCAGUACAGAGGAAACGUUAUUAUUAUCAUUCCACGCUAUAAAGCACGUUAAGUCACAUAAGCAUGCGUAUUAUUUUUGCUGUCACAUUGUCUUGUGCUGUUUUAUUUAUUUUUUAUCGAGUUUAAAAAUAGCAUUUGGAUGUGCGAGAAAGUAGACACGUGAUUAACAGCUCGUGGCCAUUUUGAAAAGAGUUCUUUCAUGGAUAAAGGAAACAAAAGGGUUCCACUUCAGACUUAGAGCCCCAAGUUUGAUGUGUGCCUUUUUGUUAGUCAGGUAUCUAAUGUGUUACUUAAUUGUUAAAAAAAAAAAACGUUACAUAGCAAAGUGUUAAAUGUUUUCUAAUUGUUGUUGUUGUAAAGUGGCAUUGUUGAGUUCCUCUCGAUUGAAGUAUAUCUGUAUAACGUUUUUGAUAAAUGGUUUAUUUUGUUCAAAAUCUCCUGGCAUGGAGUUUAGGUACAUGUCGAGCACUCUGAAUGACAAGUUAUAAUUCUUAAUAAACUUGUGUUUAUUUACUUUAAUAAAGCACUCAUGUUCUGGUGCUCAGAAAACAGUAUUAAUUAUGAAGAUUAGGCUACCCUAAGCAGGAUUGUCACACGCAUAAAGACUAUUUGUUCAAAAAUUAUGUGUGUCAGUGUAACCUUUAGGUACAGCAGAGUGCUAGAGAUCUAUUCUUCGAAUAAUGACUAAAACUCAAACAUCAACAGGUUAUAAAUGGAACUUGAGGCAAGUCAAAUUCCUACUCUGGCAUUUUUCUCAGAUCAGGCCCGUCUUGAUGAGCGGAGAUCUAUGUCCCAAGAUCCUUCAAUGACCAUGUUGUUACUGGUAACAUACAGACUUUCAUCACUCGACAAGUUACUUUUGGAUGAUAAGCACAAUCCGUGAGGAUGAAUAUCUCAAACACUGUCUUCAAGUGCACAGACAUUGGAAAACGAGCACUCCCAAAAAUGGCUUUGACGUAGCAGCAAAGUCCAAGUGCCGAUUGUUCUGACAGUCUCGCCAAUCCCAAAAGACCAAGUUGUGCACCGAGAAGUGAAAUGUUUUAUUGACUUUAACGAAAAUCCCGACUUUGAUCUAAGAGUGAAGGAAGGACAGAAAUUGUUUCGUGUCAACGUUUCGAUCCUCUGAUUUUAAGGAAGCCAAAUUACACUAUACAUAUAUAGACAGAAGACCAAAGACGAAACUCACGUUUCGAAAAGUCUUAAGCACAUCCAGUGGGAAGCCCAAAAUCGCAAAAAGAAUGUUUUACCACAGAUUACGUGUUGGCCAUCAACUUUGGGCAUAUGAUUAUUGUACCCCAAGACAAGAAGGUUGUAGUAAACUUUGUUGUUUCUAUUAUAAUCACGAAUCACUUUUAGCUCUUUCCAUUUAGAGCUUUUAAUUUACAUCUUGGUAUUCUUUGUUAUGGAAGUAAAAGUUGUAAGAUGAGACGUUUGAUGUUCUAACAUUCUCUAUUUGUCUGUGUAUUUCAGCCCAAGACUUAAUAUGUGUUGUCAAAUAAAAGUUUCUAAACAUUG